AUGAUGAAAGAUAAAUUUAAAGGCCCAAAUAAUAAUAAUCAAUUAUUUGGUAAUAAUAUAUUCCAAUUACCCACAACUAGCAGCGAACUAAAAUAUAAACAUUAUUUUGGAGAGUUUAUUGGAUAUGGAAUUAAAAUAAUAGACUUUGAACAGGGUCAAGAUUUAUACAGACAUGGUUGUUUUGGGAAAGGUGUAUUAUCAAGAAGUACCCCAGUUUAUGAUUCAAUAAAAGAUAAAAUUAUAACUGGUUCAGGUUUUCAUGUUAAAAAAGGCAAAUUUAAAAAAUUAAACACAAAUAAAAGAAAUAGAGAAAUAAAUAGCAAUAAUAAUAUUAGUAAUGAUAAUGGCAAUAAUAAUAAUGAUAACAAUACUGAUAAUGAUAAUAUCAAAGAUAAUAGAGGUUUAAAACAACAAAAAACAUUUCAUUCAAAUGACAGUAUUAUUGUAGAAAAGGAUGACCAAAUUAAAAGUACAACAAAUAUUGAAGAGAAUAAUUGCAGCAAUAGUAUUGAAUUUUUACAACUUAGUUUGUGUGAAGCAUUUUAUUUACAAUAUGGCCUGGGAUGUUUAACAAUUUUAAGACCAGUUAAAUUGGAUGAUAAAUUAAAGGAUCCUAGUAAUAUACCUAAUAAUGGAAAAAAAAAUAUGGUAAAGAUGGGGAUAGAAGAAGCAUUUAAAGAAUUUCAAUUAGUUGAACCGGAUUUUGUUGAUAAAUAUAUAGUUUAUCAUUAUUUUAGAUCGCUGGGUUGGAUACCGAGAUCAGGUUUAAAGUAUGGUUGUGAUUUUAUCCUUUAUAAAUUAAAGCCAGAUUUAAUUCAUGCGCAAUAUGGUAUUGUAAUUCAAAAGUUUAAUUCAAAUAAAAGUGUAGAUAAAAACAGAUUACAAACAUGGGACGAACUAUCAUGCAUAAAUAGAGUAUCUGAAACUGUUGCAAAAGGAAUUAUAGUUUGUAACGUUUUUAAGGAUGAUAAAGAUACAGAUAAUAAUAAUAACAAUAAUAAUAAUAAUAAUAAUAAUAAUAAUAAUAAUAAUAAUAAUAAUAAUAAUAAUAAUAAUAUAACAACCACUAAAAUCGAAUUUUUAAAAGAGUUAGAAACACUACCAGAAUAUUUAUUGAAUAUGUGGGAGUUAAAGAGAUGGGUACCAAAUAGAACAAGAACCUAA